AUGGUAGACAGCAAGGAAUAUAUGUUGUACAAGCAAAGGAAAAUGGUGAACGUAGGCGACAAACUUCUCUUUGCUCUGGCCAUCUGGACGAUGACUACAGAGGCCUUUCCCAAAGGCACUGAGAGGACAAAAUGCCACCUUGCAAAAUACAAGUCCCUGCCACCUCAGGAACCGGAGGCCUUCAAGAAAGCCAAGGACAAAUUUGAGGACAUGAUGCUGUCGUCAAACCGAAAAUGCAACACCAGGAUUUUCCACCGGAACUGGGAAGUCAAAGAGCUGUCGGUGCACGAUAGAGUCAUCCUGGUAGAGAACGAGCUGGACUUUACCAUUAACGUGCUGGAGAAUGUUGAGGACCCCAGUCUGUCCAAACUGCUCUCAAGGCCGCUAGAAAUCCUGACACAGAUCAGAGGGGACCUGAGGGACUGUACCAGACAAACUCAUUCUCAUCGACACUCCAGGAGGUUGAACAAUUGGCUCCAAAAUUUCCAUAAGAGCAAGGAGACGGUGCACGACAGAAUGAUCCUGGUGAAGGAGGAGCUGCACCUCGUUAUUGACGUGCUGGAGAACUUUGAGGAUCCCAGACUGUCCGAGCUGCUUGUGAGGCCAUUAUUAAUCCUGAGGCACAUCAGAGAGGACUUGAAAAUCUGCGAAACUCUGGGGUGCCUGGAAGCAUCUAUGGUCUUCAAUCUCUUCCGACUGCUGAACCAAGACUUGAAGUGUGCAGCCUACAUGGAGUCUUGCACCUAA